AUGGGCGAGCUGGCGCUGGCCCUCCUGGCUCUUGCCACCCUACAUGGUGCCAGGGCAUCAGAGCCCCUGGAGAAUGACUCGGAGCCGGGCAAGAGCGGAGCAGCAGCCAAGCCCUGGAAAGCAGCCCCCAGCCUGGCAGAGCUCGACCUGGACACGGCAGGCAGAGGAGCUGAGUGGACAUCCUGGUUCAACAUCGACCACCCUGGUGGGGAUGGGGACCACGAGAGCUUGGCUGCCAUCCGCUUCUACUAUCGUGGGCGCGUCUGCCAGCGGCCAGUGGCCAUCCAGGCUCGCACCACUGAGUGGGCACUGCCUGAGGAGGUGGGUGAGGUGGUGCACCUCAGCCCCAAGAAGGGCUUUCAGUGCCUCAACAAGGAGCAGCCUCAGGGCAAGACCUGCUCCAACUACCACAUCCGCUUCCUCUGCCCGCUGGAGCACAUCUACUGGUCUCACUGGUCCUCCUGGAGCCCCUGCUCACGCAGCACCUGUGGUACCAGUGGCAUCCAGAGCCGUACUCGCCGCUGUGUCAAUGCCAAACUGGUGGUUGCCCUCAAGGAGCUCAAGUGCAAGGGCAAAGCUGUGGAGCGUCAGCCAUGCAGUGCCGGCCCCUGCCCAGAGUCAGUGUGGACGGAGUGGGGCACCUGGAGUCCCUGCACCCACAGCUGUGGCAGCGCCGGGACCCGGGUCCGGCGCCGGAGCUGCAGGAAAGCCAAGAAGGUGCCAUGCAGCGGCCGCCCCUCCGAGGUGCAGAAAUGCCCCCCCACGCCCUGCCCAGCCUGCCCUGAGCACACACUGCAGGGCACCAUCACCUCCGCCGCCGGCGCGGCACUGCCGGAUGCCCACAUCUACCUGGAGGGCCACCCCCUGGUGCCCCUGGCCCGCAGCGAUGCCCGCGGGCACUUCACUGUGACGGGGCUGUGUGAGGACACUGCUGCCAAUGUCAGUGCCCACCGGGAGGGCUUCGCCCCGGGACUGGCACCCAUCAUCUCCAACGGCUCUGGUGUGGCUGUGGCACACGUGGUGCUGCAGAGGCUGGAGAAGCCUUACAUGGUGCUGCACCCCAAGGCCAAGGUGCGGGUGGCUGGGCAGGAGGUGACCUUCUGCUGCAAAGCCUCGGGCACCCCCGUGCCCAAGAAGUAUUACUGGUACCACAAUGGGACACUGCUGGAGAGGAAGGUGCAUGGUUACAGCAGCCGCCUGGCACUGAAGGGGCUGGCACUGGAGCAGGCUGGCACCUACCACUGCAAAGCCAGCAGCGAGGCUGGAGCCAUCAAAUCUGCGCCGGCACAGCUCACGGUGCUGGCCCAGGGCCAGCAGAGCUGCAAGUCAGAGCCCGAGCCCAGCCUGGUGGAGCUGCCCAGCGAGUGCCCACAAGAUGCCACCGGCUCCCGGUACUACAACGUGGGUCGCUGCCCACCUGCCCCGUGUGCCAGCGGCAUGGGCGGGCACUCGGAGUGCGGGGCGGACGCGGGGCGCUGCUGCGGCGUGCAGAGGAUGGAGCUGAGGGACGUCCCCUGCGCAGGCUUCUCGCUGCCCAUCAAGGUGGUGGCUGAGUGUGGCUGCGGACCCUGUGCCCAGCCCCGCGUCCUGGUGCAGGGCCGGGUGAUGGCGGCCGACACGGGCGAGCCCCUGCGCUUCGGGCAGAUCUUCCUGGGCGGGCGGAAGGUUGGCUUCACCGGCUACAAGGGCUCCUUCACCAUCGAAGUGCCGCCGGACACCCAGCGCUUGGUGGUUCGCUUCGUGGACCGCCAGCAGAGGUUCGUGGACGCCGUCAAGGUCCUGCCCUUCAACCGCCGCGGCGGCGCCGUCUACCAGGAGGUCAAGAUGCUGCGGAAGAAGGAGCCAGUGGAGCUGGACGGCAGCCGGCUCAACGCCAUCCCGCUGGGGGAGGACAGCGGCCGGGAGCCCGUCGGGGAGCUCGUUCUUCCCGCUGGAGCCUUCCUCCGUCCCUCCGGGGAGGUCUUCAACGGCACGGUCAAAGCCAGCGUCACCUUCCUGGACCCCAGGGACAUGGCGACGGCCAGCGCCGCCUCCAGCGACCUGAGCUUCGCCGACGCCGAGGGGGACAUCAUCCCCCUGCGCACCUACGGCAUGUUCGCCGUGGAGUUCCGGGAGCAGGGCAGCGGCGCCGCGCUGCAGACGGGACCGGUGGAGGUGCGGAUGGACGCGGGGCAGGUCUGGAUGCCGGAGCACCUGCAGAAGAUGAAGCUGUGGUCCUUGAACCCUGAGACGGGCUUGUGGGAGGAGGAAGGAGUCCUCCGGCCGGCCGAGAGGAGCCGGAGGAAGAGGGAGGAGAGGACCUUCCUGGUAGGCAACUUGGAGAUCCGGGAGCGGCGCCUCUUCAACCUGGACGUGCCGGAGGACCGCCGCUGCUUCGUGAAGGUCAGGGCUUACAGCAACGAGAAGUUCAACCCUUACGAGCAGCUGGAAGGGGUGGUCGUCAGCCUCAUCAACCUGGAGCCCCAGCCCGGCUACCCCACCAACCCCCGGGCCUGGGGGCGCUUCGACAGCGUGGUGACAGGGCCCAACGGCGCCUGCCUGCCAGCCUUCUGCGACGGGCAGCGCCCCGAUGCCUACUCAGCCUAUGUCACCGCCACACUGGGCGGGGAGGAGCUGGAGGCUGUGGCCUCCAGCCCCAAGCUCAACCCCAACGCCGUUGGGGUGUCCCAGCCCUACCUGGGCAAGUUGGGCUACCGCCGGUCGGACCACGACAACCCCGACCUAAAGAAGACAGUUUUCCAAAUCAACGUGGCCAAGCCCGACCCCAACAACGUGGACGAGACCAACGGCCCCGUGUACCCCUACCGCAGCCUGCAGGAGUGCGAGCAGGCGCCGGUGGGCGCCAACCACCUCCGCUUCUACCGCGUGGAGGUGGACAAGUACGAGUACAACGUGGUGCCCUUCAAGGAGAGCGACCUCACCUCCUGGACCGGCGACUACCUCUCGUGGUGGCCCAACCCCCAGGAGUUCAGGGCUUGUUUCAUCAAGGUGCAGAUCGAGGGGCCGCAGGAGUACAUGGUGAGGUCCCGGAACGUGGGGGGCAGCCACCCCCGCACCCGGGGGCAGCUCUACGGGCUGCGGGACACCCGGAGCGUGCGGGACAUGAUGCUGGAGAACACCUCGGGGGCCUGCGUGGAGUUCAAGUGCAGCGGGAUGCUCUUCGACCAGAGCCUGGUGGAUCGCACCCUGGUGUCCAUCGUCCCCCAAGGCAGCUGCCACCGCAGCUCCGUCAACGGCCUCCUGCGGGACUACCUGAGCCGGCACCCGCCCGUGGCGGACAACAACCACACGGCCGCCUUCAGCAUGCUGGCACCCGUGGACCCCCUGGGGCACAACUACGGCAUCUACACCGUGACGGACCAGAACCCGCGGCUGGCCAAGGAGAUCGCCAUCGGCCGCUGCUUCGACGGCACCUCCGACGGCUUCUCGCGGGAGAUGAAGGCUGCCGCGGGCACCGCGGUCACCUUCACCUGCCAGGAGCGGCCGGCGGGCAGGGAAAGCUUCUUCCAGCGCCUGCUGACGGCGCCCGCAGAGGCCCUGGAUGAGAUCCGGCGAGAGAUGGGCACUGGGGGGAUGCGCGGAGCUCCGCCCGACGUCAUGGACUUCGCUUCUGGUGCCCCAGCCCCCACGGCCCCCCGCCGGACCCCCAGCAGCCGGCAAAGGGUGGGCCAGACGCGGGGGCAGUCCUGA